AUGAUUAUUGGAGAGAUCAUAUCUUCGGUGCUGUAGAAUAUGAUAUAUCAAACUAUUUUCUAAUAGACAUUCAGAUUUCCAAAAGAAGAACAAAUUUACAUUUACAACAGUGACAAAUCUUAAACUAAAAUCCCAAAUAAAAUAUUAGUGUGCGGUUCCUCAAAUGUAUCUGUUGAUGAAAUAAUUAGGAACAUUCAUCAAAAAGGACUUUUGGAUGAAUAUGCUGAUGUACCAAUAAUAAGAAUUGGUGAAAAUUUUGACUAAACUCUUUAAAGAUUCAUCAGAAUGUUUGGUAGAAUAGUAAGUAUAUGAACAAUAAAAUGAAGGAACUGAUAAAGUCAAAAAAGAAAUUUUAAAUCAAACCAAAAUAAUAUUUGUAAUACAAGUAUGAUUAUAAGCUAAAGUAGUUGCAGAACUAUACAAAGAUAUGAAAAACAAAUUUCCUAAUUUUAAUAUGAAUAAUAUAGGAACUAUAAGUCUUAUCGUCAGCAGGUUUGGUAGAUUACUAAAUAAUUAAAAUAUAAUGAAAAAUGUUUAAGUUACACAGUAGAUGAAUCAUAAGGAAGAGAAAAAGAUGUUAUUACUUUUCUAGCGUUAGAUCCAAAUUUAUUAGUGAAAAUCAAAAACUAAAAGAAGGAGUUGGAUUUCUUAGUGACGCAUGAAAAUGAAUGCUAGUUUAUCCUGAUGUAGAUAAACUAUAAUAAAUGUGUUCGAGAUUUAUAAAAAUAUCAUAUAAUUAAAGAUGGAGAAGUCUGA